UCCUGGAGGUGCCAGGAACCAAAGAAAACCACCCCAUUCAACAAGUGGUCCAAAGGAAGCCCAGGAAGAAAGCGUUCGGCCAAAAUCAGCAGGAGCAAAAGGCGGGCAGCAUCUGAGGCCGCCUCAGCAGCAAUUCAAACAUGUGCAAAAAGGAUCCCAGACUAUAUGUGCGAAGGACAGAAUCAAGCACCGUGAUCAGUCUGAACCUCGCAGGAGAAUUCCCAUGGCCAUGUCGGAUAUUGCCAGAGAAAGUAAUACCAUGAAUGGAACAGAAAAGCAGCAGAGACCUCGAGGGAGACAGCCUUUCCAACAGGGAAAGGGGAAGAAUUACGUUCCGAUUAGAUCUGAAAAUGAUUCACAGCAACAUCACCAACGCCCGUGGACUCCACGGAAUCGUGGAAACGCUCAUCAGCGCCAGGACACUAAACCAGCUGCUAAGGAAUUCAGUAAACCUAAUCAUCUUGAGCCGGCAACUCUGGAUGAAGAAGAAUUCAUGCAGCUGGAAGCAAUGGCACCAGUGGACAUUGUAAUGAAGUUGGCCUCUCCAAUAAGUGGGCUCAUCGAAUUCUUAAAGGAGGAAAAUACUGAAAAAAACUUGAUCGCAUUCUUUCUGAAAAUUCUUAGUGCGACAUUCAAUUGCAAAUCCAACCAGCACAGUUUGCAUUAUCUGCUGGAGCUAAUCAAGAAAUCCAUGUUUCUGAAAAUCACCCUGCCAAAAUUCAUCAUGAGUGCUCUGACGGAAGUCUUGCCCGAGGCACAUUUGGAGACUUCUAAAUAUCUUGGUUAUACAUUGAAGUUGCUCUGUCAGUUGAUCACUGUCUAUCCUGCAAGCGCUUUUGUGGAAGUGUCUCUUUUAGCUACGUUAGUGCAAUCCACGUCUAACCACAUGCAAUCUAUUGGAUACCCCGUCUCAGAGGAAACUGAGAAGAGCUUGGAGAACCUGCACCAGAUGGUUGCUUUUUUGCAGGAGAGACAGCAAUAUGGGAACUUGAAGUCAGAUACCUACACCUACUUUGUGAAACCUGAGGGGAAUGAAUUUAGACACAUUUCAAUAUACCCGACCUAUGCUGACAUCCAUUUAAUCGACAAGCCUUUUGUGAGACCAAAUAUAAUCAAUGAAAAAUAUCCAGACACUGCCACAUACCUGGACAUACAAUUUCGCCUGCUGCGUGAAGACUUUGUUCGGCCUCUAAGAGAGGGUAUUUCCAACUUGCUGAGCUGUAACCAACAGGAUUUGCGUAAAGGAAAAACAGAUGACAUCAGAAUUUAUUUUGAUGCCCAUGUCCUGGGUCCAAUGUGUACACACACCGGUGUCUACUAUCGGGUUAGAUUUAAUGUGAAACCGUUAAAGUUUGUUCAGUGGGAGAGCUCCAAGCGGCUACUGUAUGGGUCUUUACUUUGUCUCUCAAAAGACAACUUUGAAACAAUGCUGUUUGCAACAGUGGCACACAGAAAUGUUCGGGAACUGAAGAACGGUAUUAUCACACUCAGCUUCACGGAAGACAGUCGGCUGGACUUGGUGGACGUAAAACCGACGGAUUCUUUUCUGAUGGUUGAAACAAUUGCAUACUUUGAAGCCUAUCGCCAUGUUCUCGAAGGCUUUAAACAGAUCAGAGACGAUGAGAUACCCUUUCAGAAAUACAUAGUUCAGUGCCAGACUAAUAUUGCAGAACCAAAAUAUCUAAAACACACUUCUCAAAACUACACCCUGGAACCAUUGUCCCGGAGUAAUAAUUUCAAUGUAUUUGACUUUGCAAAAUGGCCCUCUAAGGAGAGAUUAAAAUUAGAUGAAUCUCAAAUGCUGGCUGUGCAGACAGCUUUAACCAAGGAACUUGCUAUCAUCCAGGGGCCUCCAGGAACAGGAAAGACAUUUUUGGGACUGAAAAUUGUCAGCGUUCUCCUGUCCAACAUAGAUAUUUGGAAGUCCGCGAUUGGUUCCCCAAUACUGGUGGUCUGCUACACAAAUCAUGCAUUGGACCAGUUUUUGGAAGGAAUCCACAACUUUCUGGAAACUGGGCUGGUCAGAGUUGGAGGAAGGAGCGACAGUAAAAUUCUAGCCGAUUUUAAUUUGCACGCGUUAAGAAAGGAGACUGCCUUCAGGAGAAAUCUCCCCAAGUAUAUGAAAUGCAUGUAUCCUACGCUGAUUGAAGAAAGGGAAGAGAUCGAGCUGAAAAUUGAAUCAUUGGCUGUGUAUUUGGAAGCAAGUGCAAAGGGAGUCCUUAAGUUAGGCAUCUUAUCGGAAUACAUUCAACCGAAUCACUUGAAGAGUCUACAGGUGGGCUCUCAAUAUAAUCCAUCGAAGAGAUAUGAUAUUCUGGAAUGGUUAAAGUUGACCUCAGCACACGAAUUUUAUUUCGCAACCAAAGCGACACAACAACAGUCCACAGAAGAUGACUGGGAUGAGACUGCCUCAAGUGUUACUGAGGGAGACCUAGGAAACCUCAGUGACCUGAUUGAUGAGGGGGGUGACGAUGAUGAGCUGAUUAAGGUGACUGUGGAGGCAGAACUGAUACAAGCGGAGAGAAUGAUUGAUGAGGAUGACCUGCAGAAACAAAUUCAAAAUGCACGUGCACGCCGGGCUGCGUUGGAAAAACAAUUUCUGGCAUUCAAUCCCAACGAGGAUGCACCCCCUUUGAAAUCCCAGUCUAAGAACCAAGAUGGUGGUGAAUGGCAGGUCACCAAAGAAAGCAUGGCGAAAAUGAAAAGAAAGAUAAAGCACCAGUUGCAACUCACAGACAUCAUGUCAGAAGAUGAAGCCACAAAAAUAGUCAAUAUCUGGCAUCUUGACAUGGUUGAUCGCUGGCGACUGUACAGGUUGUGGUUGUCAAAGUACCAAGUUAAAAUCAAACAUGAAAUAUUGGAGUAUGAGCAGAAAUACCAGGAAAUCGUCAAUCGUCUUGCAGAGCUGAGAACACAAGAAGAAAUAAUGAUACUCCGACAGUCAAAAGUUGUUGGAAUGACCACCACAGGGGCUGCAAAAUACAGAAAUCUGCUGCAAGAUAUUCAACCAAAGAUUGUCAUUGUAGAGGAGGCAGCUGAAGUCCUGGAAGCCCACAUCAUCACCACUCUCAGCUCUGCCUGUGAACAUCUCAUUUUAAUUGGUGACCAUCAGCAGCUGCGUCCAAGUGCAACAGUGUAUGAGCUGGCAAGAAAGUUCAACUUGGAAGUCUCCUUAUUUGAGCGGCUGAUACGAAUGGAAGUGCCCUUUGUCCGACUUGAUUACCAACAUCGAAUGCGCCCUGAAAUCGCAAAACUGAUAACACCACACAUCUAUGACAAACUGAAAAACAUUGAGUCUGUGAAGGAGUAUGAAAACAUUAAGGGAAUCUCCACAAACCUCUACUUCAUUGAACACCAGGAGCCAGAGGAUAAUAUCAAAGAAGGAAAAAGCUUCCAAAAUUCCCAUGAAGCGCACUUUGUCAAGUUACUUUGCGAAUAUUUCAUCCAGCAGGAGUAUAAGCCAUCACAGAUAACCAUCCUUACCACAUACUCUGGUCAGCUGUUCUGCUUGAGGAAUAUAAUGCCCAAAAGGAUAUUUGAUGGAGUCAAGGUCUGCGUGGUCGACAAGUAUCAAGGGGAAGAAAAUGACAUUGUGAUUCUGUCUCUCGUUCGAAGCAACAAGCAGGGCGUGGUCGGGUUCCUGCGGAUACCGAAUCGAGUCUGCGUGGCUCUGUCGAGGGCGAAGAAGGGCUUCUACUGCAUCGGCAACAUGGGCAUGCUGGCAAAGCAGGUCCCUCUGUGGGCAAACAUUGUGGGGACCCUCCGUGAGAACAACCAGAUUGGCCCCUCGCUGCGGCUGUGCUGCCAGAACCACCCGGGAACAGACACCCUCGUGUCCACGGCUGAGGAUUUCAGUCAGGUUCCCAAAGGCGGGUGCCUGGUGCCCUGUGAGUUCAGCUUGACAUGCGGCCACAAGUGCACUUUGCCCUGCCAUCCUUUUGACCCCAAGCAUAUUGAGUACCGGUGCCCGGGACCUUGCCAGACCAAAUGCAAAGUGGGACACCCCUGCCACAAAACUUGCUGGCAGACCUGCGGCGAUUGCACGGUGAAGGUGGAACAGAUCAUCCCCGGAUGUGGUCACCGACAGCAGGUCCCCUGCUAUGUGAAUCCAAAGCGCUUCUGUUGCCAGGAGCCCUGCGAGAAGACCCUGGAUUGCAGCCACCGAUGCCUGCGCUGCUGCGGGGAGAACUGCACUGAGAAGUGCCCCAGCAGGGUCAAGAUGGCACUGCCGUGCGGCCACACGAGAAUGAUAAAGUGUCACCAGCGGGAGGAGGCUGAGGCCGAGCCCGAGCCCUGCCUCGCGAUCUGUGGAGCGCCGUUAUCCUGCGAUCAUCCCUGCGCAGCCCGCUGCUUCGAAUGCAGUGCCCUGCCAUUCCACGCCGUUUGCACCGUUCCUUGCGCCCACCCACUGCCCUGUUCCCACCCGUGCAAGGGCAUCUGCGGCGUUGCUUGCCCGCCCUGCGCCCAGCCCUGUGGCAACUGCUGCCCGCACAGCAGGUGCCCGAGCAGCUGCGGCGAGCCUUGCCAACCCUGCCAGCAGCCCUGCCUCUGGGCCUGCCCCCAUGCCAAGUGCACCCGGCUGUGUCACGAGCCCUGUGACCGGGCACUUUGCGACCAGCCCUGCCACCUGACGCUCGACUGCGGCCAUCCCUGCAUCGGCCUGUGCGGAGAGCCCUGCCCCGAUAAGUGUCGCGUGUGCCACGUGGAGGAGGUCACCGAGAUAUUCUUUGGUGGGGAAGACGACCCUGAAACCAGGUUCCUGCAGCUGCAAGACUGCGGGCACAUUUUUGCGGUGAAAGAGUUUGACACAUUGAUGCAACAGUCAGAAGCCGACGAAUCCUCAGCAUCGAAGCUCCCUCUUUGCCCCAAAUGCUUGACCCCAAUCCAUAACAAUGUCCGCUACGGGACCCUCAUUAAAAAUGUUCUGGCUAAGAUUGAGCGUCUCAAAGUCAAGAUCGUGGGAGAUGAGGAAGAGGUCAGAUGCCGCAGGGCAUGCCUUGAAAUGUUUCUGGAAGAAAAGGAAGAAUUAAAUGAAUAUUAUCCUCAGGAAACCCUGGAUCUACAAUCUCAGCUACAAGAAUCCAAUAUAAGUCUGCAUAAGCUGACCACCCUUGGACAUAAGAUUAACCUCCUAUCCAAAGUUGCCAAUCUGAAAUCCAAAGAAAGAGAGCUGGGUGAUUAUCGUAGAAGUAAGAUACAAGUCAAAAUUGACCUGGUAGUAGAGAAGAUUACAACGAACAGAUCGCAAUUCACCAGGCAAGAGCUUGAAGACAUCGAAAGAGAGAUCCCCACACUGAAAGAACAGAACAAACUAUACUUCAUUCAAAAUCCAAAGCAAAGUUAUCCAUUCCCUUCAGCACCGCAGCCAUUCUGGAAACUCCGACCGUCUCUUACAGGAGAUGCAAAUUACAAAGCAUGGAAGGAAGAAAGAAUUAACAGAUUGAAGAGUAAAUAUGCUGAUCUGAUAUGAUGCAUCCCAACUUGAGUCCGACUCAGUCACUUGGACAAAUUAAACAUUUUAUAACAUCUGGUUCAGCAAGUGUUCAAUUAUAAUUCUGGGAUUCAUGGGGAGAAGUUGCAGCUUUGUAGAUGGAAACUUCCAGAAUUGUCUCUGAGAAUGAGGUUUCAGGCAGCCAAUGGAGGAGGUGGGGGGGGGGGGGAGCUACGAUCAGCUGAGUUUGCAUAACCUCUCAAGUGGGUUGAGCAAAUCUGUGUGCUCGUCUGCGAUGUUGCAAAAUAAUUAAAGGACAACCAAUUGGCAGCAUUUUGCAUUAAACAUAGAACAGUACAACAUUGGAAUGGGUCCGUUGGCCCACAAUGAUCUCAUCUGCCUGUACAUGUUACGUAUCCCCCUAUUCCUUGCACUUCCAUGUGCCUAUCUCAAAGCUUCGUGAAUAACCAGUAUCUUAUCUACUUCCACCAC